GUUGCGCAUUUCAUCACUUAUUGAGACAAUUGUUGUGUUUGUUUAACACAUGUCUCAGGGAUUAAGCAAUGGUUUGACUCGAUUAUCACCGGACAACUGAUCCAAUGGUAGUGUCGCUGGAAAUCAUUGUCUUACUCGACAGACACGUGUUGUCUAAUCCAAGAGUCACUUACAUUACACCCAUCGGUGAAAGCUUUGAGACCCGGAAGACGGCUCAACACCACAGGAGUCACAUCACGGCUCCAGACAGUCAUCUCUGAGGCCGACGUCACCGCCGAAAACAUAGAUGUGAUUAGUUAUACGAAAGAGCAGCCAAUGGGCGCACCGCUGGUCACUGUUGCCAUCGUUGCCCGAACUCUGGCACAGAUUUGGGACAAACCGUUGAUCGGAGUUAACCAUUGCAUCGCUCACAUAGAGAUGGGCCGACAGGUGACGGGUGCGGCCAAUCCGACGGUACUGUAUGUGAGCGGAGGUAACACUCAAGUGAUUGCUUACAGUCAUCGGCGGUACCGUAUAUUUGGCGAAACGCUGGACAUCGCUGUCGGCAACUGUUUGGACCGAUUCGCACCGAGUCUUGAAGGUAUUGACAACAGUUUGUACGCCAAUUAUCACUAA